AUGGCUGCGCGCACCCCUCUGCCCCCCAACCUGCGCCGCGGGCUGGCAGCCUUCAGCGGCUCCCUCUUCAUCAGCAACAAGACGAGGGACAGCGGCGCCGCCCGCGGCUACCACCCAGCCCACGAGGUGCUGGCCAGCCUGCCUCUCCAGAUGAUGCUCUACUUCAACGUCUACUACUUCCCGGUCUGGUGCCUGGCCGAGGGGAUGAUGCUGCAGCUGAAGUACCACCUGCUGCCUUGGCACUACCAGUUCCUGCUGGUCGCUGCCUUCCUCGCCCUCUCGCUGGCUGAGUGCUGCCGCCUCUACCUGGGCUACGUGGGGAACCUGCAGGAGAAGGUGCCCGAGCUGGCUGGGUUCCUCCUGCUCUCCUUCCUGAUCCAGCUGCCCCUCCUGCUCUUCCUGCUGACGGACAGCCAGGUCCUGCUCCUGCCGCUGGAGGUGGCCGUGCACAGCCUCCUCCUGGCCUUCCUCAUCGCCGAGCUCGCAGCUGCCUUCUUCGCACUGAGGACCAUGACCAAGCAGCUGGCCACACAGUUCUACCUGCAGCAGCUCAAGGAUGGCAGCAGGGAGCAGCUGGCACAGGGGGCAGCUGAGACCCGGUGAUGCUGUGGGACCCCCCAGCCCGGGUCAGUCCUGGCAGGGAGCAUUAAAGGGUGCUUGGGCCCCAG